UCAUCAAAAUAAUUUAUAAGCAUGGCACUACCAACAAUGCCACGCUACUGGACUUCCAGAAAAAACGUGUAUGAACAGGCUAUCAUUAAACAACGUAACCAUCAAAGUGACUUCCACGAACGAUGGAGCAAAGACGCAGAAUAUUGGAACAGAUCAAAUGUGGCAACAAACAAGCAGAAUUCCUGGGAAUCAGACGCAUCUCUGCGUGGAAGCCUAGAGAAGUAUAAAGCAGACAAUGAAAAGAAUCUGAAGGCUAUCAACUUACAACGUCGCAGAUUGUUGCUGGCUGACAUGCUGAAACAAGAACGACAUGAAUUUGAGGCUGAGAUGAAAGGGUACUCCAAAGCUAACUACACACGCCUAGAAGAUAUGAGAGGAAGAGCAGAUGCUCUACGCAGUGCUAGAGAGGAGAAACGGAAAGGGUUGGCAGAAGAAAAACUGUAUGAACACUGGAGACAGAACAAUCCUGAUCUGAGACAGGUGGAGCAGGAACUGGUGAAAGACAAAGUGGUCGGCAGCUGGGCGGGGCAGGUGGAUGAAACUAAAGCUAGGAAAGAACAAGAAAAGAAAGAAAUAGAACGGAUAGAACUUGAAAUGGAAGAAGAACGACUAGCAGGCAUAGAUUCAGAUAGAAAGAAAGAAGAAGAGAAAUUGGAUGAAGAAAAACGUUUGAAACGUAUACUCAAAGAACAGAUGGAUGAACUUAAAGAUAGAGAAUUUGAGGCUGACAACUUAAAGAAACAGGAAGAAGAGUUACAGCAGGAGCAGUGGAGGCUAGCAAGGAUUGACGAAGAGAGAAGGAGAGUAGAAUUGGCUCGUCAGCAGAGGGAGCAUGGGCGUGUGCUGCUACGACAACACAAAACUCAAAUGAUGCGCCGAUCAAAACAAAUUCAAGCUGAGUUGGAACUUGAUAAGAAGAUCUUGAACUCACUGAUAGAACAGGAGCACGAGUUAGAACACAUCCAGACUGCACGACGUGAAAAGGCUAAAGCAGAUGCAGAAUGGAUGAGACAGGUGAUAGAAGACCAGAUCAGACUGGAAAAAACCAGAGAAGCUGAACUAGAGAUGUUAUACCAAGACGAGGCAGCACGUAUGUGGCAGAAACGGGACGCAGAAUGGGAACGUGAGAAGAAAGCAAGAGAACGACUCAUGCAGGAGGUGUUAGAUGAUCGACAACAGCAGAUUGAGCUGAGGAUUGAGGAGAAUCGAGAGCAGCAGGAACUAUCACUAAAACACCGGGAACAAUUACUACGCGAGAUGGAAGUAGCCAAUCAAAUGACACACAGAGAGCAAAAACAAGCUGAGGCUCAAAAGGAAGCUUUCAAAUUGGAUCUAAAAGAACAGAUGUUUUCACGGAAAGAACGUGAGGAGAUUGCAAGACAACAAGAGGAGGCAGAAGCCAUUCGUGAACAGGCAGAGAAUCAGGAGUACACUGAAUUUUUGAGACAGGAAACAGAGCGCAUGAGGAUCCGAGGACCUACACCUAGGCAACAUGGAAGAAGACAGGCAUGGAGCUAGUCUUUGUGAUACAAGUACAGGAUAUGAUAGGAAGAGCCAGAGAAACACUUUCUCCUGUUGACAUUUUGAACACUUUACAACAAACCUGAGUGCUCCUCUAGUCUCAACAACAAGAAACCAAUCGGUUUUGGAACUGUGGCAGCAUUUCAGCCUCUUGUUGUAAACAAGUUGAAUGACUUGUUUCUCUUUUAUGAACUGAUCUGACAAGAAUGUUAA